ACUUGACGAAGGAAAGCCUGAUGUGGCCUGGGCCGUUCACGGUUCAGCCCCCUCCUCUCCCCUCGGCGCUCAGGCUCAUCUCCGUUUCGUUCACCCUUUCCCUUCUCUCUGUCUCUCUCCUCCCUGGUCUUCCUUUCCUGGCGGCGACGACUGGGCGAGCGGCGGCGCCAUUCGCCACGCCUUCGCCCGCCCCUUUGCCGGCGACGAGCAUCCACCAGCUUGAAAUGGCUGAAAAUUGGUUAGAACAAGCAAAGCAAACUUCUACAGCAGCGUCUUCUUCUGGUUUGCUUUCUAGAUGUCAAAUCCCAUUGCCAAGAAGAUCAAGGCAACGGAACAUCUUUCAUCUAUUAGUUCAACGAGAAGUCUCCCCUCGAACAAAACACCAAGCUAGAAGGAUAUGGAAUAAUUCUCAAACAUGUGAUCCUGAUUUAAUUGAAUUAAGAUUUGCAGAUGCAGAUGCUAAACAGGAUAUUUUUUCUUGGGCAGAAUCGCAGUCCCUGCAUCGUUGGUCUGCCAAGUAUUGCCCUCUUUUACCGCCUCCGCGGUCAACUAUUGCAGCUGCUUUCAGUCCAGACGGGAAAACACUUGCAUCCACACAUGGUGACCAUACGGUUAAAAUAAUUGACUGCCAUACUGGGAAAUGUUUGAAGGUUUUGAGUGGUCAUCGACGAACUCCUUGGGUGGUCAGGUACCAUCCAUUAUAUUCUGAUAUCCUGGCUAGUGGAAGUUUGGAUCAUGAAGUUCGUCUAUGGGAUGCUAAUACCUCAGACUGUAUUGGAUCACAAGACUUCCAUCGGCCAAUUGCGUCCAUUGCAUUUCAUGCAAGAGGGGAGAUUUUGGCAGUUGCAUCAGGUCACAAAUUGUACAUAUGGAACUACAAUAAUCGAGAUUGGUCUUCUAUCCCAGCCAUCAUACUAAGAACCCGCCGUUCUUUGAGAGCUGUGCAUUUUCACCCGCUUGGUGCUCCAUAUCUUCUAACAGCAGAGGUUAAUAAUAUUGAGUCUGCAGACUCACCGCUGACUCUUGCAACAUCCUCUGGCUAUUCAAAUUAUCCUUCAGCCCUGUUUGUGACAAACAGUAAUUCUAGAUUUUGUCCACAUCUGGAGUCCAAUGUAGCGUCCCCUUGCUUACUGUUGCCUGCAUACCUCAGAGAUGAUGGAAUUUUACAUGUGCUUGGCAAUGACAGUAGUUCAACCGGUGCACAGCAGAGAUCAUCAUUGGUUCAAGUUGCCACAUCAGAUGCUGAAACUCAACAGCCUGACCAGUUUGCUACAUCUAUGGAUGUAUGUCCUGGAGAGCCAACUACAUCUAAUUACAUAUCGGAUGCAGUCCCUGUGCGUGCUUCAAAUGGAAUUGACAUGGAUGGUGCUGGGGGGCAGUCCAACUCAAGACUGCAGGGCAGCAGCUCUAUUAGUAAUCUUGAGAGGUUUAGUGCAAGAGAUGAUCUGCCAGUGUCUUCCCUGAGCAACACUGAGCCAAUUCCACCAGCGGCUGGGCUUUCAGGAUCCGAUGCGCGCCGUGCUAUGCCACUGAAUAUGCUCAUCUCUGGUGGAUUAGAUGUUCAAAUGUUCCUAAGAAAUGUAGAAAGCGGACAACAAAAUCACUAUCUCUUCAGUGAUUCACGUAACUGGGAGUUGCCGUUUCUGCAGGGUUUUUUGAUGGCCCAAAACCGUACAGGUUUGCACCCUGCACUAGUGAACAAUAAUGUCCUUGAAGACCUAUCUAUCGAUGGUACUGCAGGGACUAAUAAUUUGACUAGAGAGUCACCACAUAUUCAUAACCUUGGACGAUCAGGUUCUUCAUCAAUCCCCAUAACUGCUGGCAGUUCUAGAGGAUCAAAUCGACGUUAUGCCUCACGCACUGUACCUGGUGUUGGGAGUUCUCUCCUAGGUCCUCAAAUUGAUGAAGCUGAGGUUCAUGCUGCUUCACUGGGUGUUGGUUCAGAAAUCACUGCACCGAUGUUUACUCCUGGUACUGAGUUGCCUUGUACAGUGAAGCUCAGAAUAUGGCGGCACGAUAUAAAGAAACCGGGUGUUCCUUUAGAUCCUGAGGCAUGCCGCUUGACGAUUUCUCAUGCCGUUCUUUGCAGUGAAAUGGGUGCCCAUUUUUCUCCGUGUGGACGAUUUCUGGUAGCCUGUGUUGCAUGUUUGCUGCCUCAAACAGAAGGUGACCGUGGCAGCCAAUUGCCUUUGCCUUAUGAGUCGGCAGGGGCUGGAUCAUCACCAACUCGGCACCCACUUCCCUCUCACCGAGUUAUCUAUGAGCUUCGGGUUUAUUCGCUUGAGGAGGCGACAUUUGGGGAUAUUCUUGCUUCCAGAGCAAUAAGGGCAGCACAUUGCUUAACUUCCAUUCAGUUCUCACCUACAUCCGAACACAUACUUUUGGCAUAUGGUCGUCGUCAUGGCUCUCUCCUCAGGAGCGUAGUCAUGGAAGGAGACAAUGGGAUUCCUGUAUAUACUAUCUUGGAGGUAUAUAGAGUUUCAGAUAUGGAGCUUGUAAGGGUGCUUCCUAGUGCUGAAGAUGAAGUCAAUGUUGCAUGUUUUCAUCCUUCACCAGGAGGUGGCCUUGUUUAUGGGACUAAGGAAGGGAAGCUCAGGAUCCUCCAGCACAAUGGUGCAGACACAAUAAGCUGCUUUGUUGAGGACAAUAUGCUUGAGGCACAGCGGUGAUGUUGUGCCUGCCACUGUUUUGCUGCUGCUGCACAUGAGUGAUGCGACAACAAUUGCCCACUGUCCUGGAGAUCCGACCCUCACGCCUGAUGCGGCCAUACAACUGCUGCCACGGCUCUCCUGACACCUCACCUUGUCGUACCUCGCAGUUGCUGCAUCCUAUGCAUGCUGCAUGGCCCUGUUGGGCACGUUGUGGAACCUUUCCAUAUUCAGAGGUAUGCAUUGGAAUGCUGAAUGAAGAUUGACCACAUCAUGUGCUUUAUGCUGCUUCCAUGGGAAAACAUUAGGUCCAUCUCCAACUAGAUUAUGACAGAUAAUUCUCGAUGAGUUUGUUCAAGUGCCUUGGGGAUUGUUGCAGGUUGAGUCCUGGGUUCUAAUGGACUUUUAUGAUAUUCUUACCUUUUUCACGGCUCUUUAUGAACUUAAUCGGCAAAAGACUUAUUCCAACUUGGGGCAAUGGUCUGUGCAGAGAUGGUAGGAGAUGUGUAAAUCUACAUGGCCAUUGGCGUGGCUGCCAUCACGGUGCUGUAAUUAUAACCUUUGUACAUGUAUCCUACAGUCAGCUUAACUCAAUUGCUGUUGUAUUUCAGAAAUUUUUUUUUGACGGUGCUGAUCCUUUUAAUGUCAAGUUUUUCUGUUUGCUGUAUACUUCGCCUGUCAACAAUGCAAUGUGAAAUUACAUUGGCAAAUCUGCUGAAUUGUUCAGAUUUGCAUUUUUCUUUCUUGCCCCUUGUUACAUUUGUGAACUGUUUAACCUUCAAAAUUUUUGAAUAUGUAAUGAUUCGAGCAUUUGGUGUUACUAUUCUAA